GUGAUAGAGGUUGAAAAUUGCAGUGCAGAAGAGAAGAAAGAAAUUUUAGAUACUUUAGAGAAAUACUUUAACGAGGCUAUCGAACAGAAAGUAUCAAGUCAUGAGGAAGAUCUACCAAAUUAUGUUCUGCAUACAGUAAGGGAAUCGGUUAAACAAGUGUUUCGAGACUUUUUAAUGAAGGGCAGACGUAUAACAAUUGUAAAACAAAAUGUCUGUUGCUGACAAUAAAAUGUACAUCAGUGAAAAGCUUUCUCGAAAUGGUCCGCGAUUACAGAACUGGAGAUCUCUCAUUACAACUCUCAGGCAUUGAAACAGCUAUAAAGAAGUUGCCAGGUUGUAGUAAUGUCCAACUUGCCAAUCUCAUCUUCAAAGAGAAAUUCAUAGAAGUCAUGGACGACCUAGCACAACAAAAUGACACAUCAGUGGUGGACGAAAAUGCCACAGCGGCGGAAGAAGAAACUCAAACUAGACAAUCAAAAAGAAAGGCGACACUUUGGGAAGAAGAGGAUACUUCUUUUAAAACAAAAUUAUUGAACAACUGUUUUGAUGAUAUAGAAAAGUUUGUACAGAGGUUACAACAGAUAGCCGAUGCUUAUAAAGAAUUGGAGGGACGACGGCUAAAGAGGGGCGGCAAAGGAAAACAAAAAUCUGCCGAAGAUGAAAAGUUAAUGAUGAGAGCACGGCCGCCACCAGCUGAUGAUUUUAUAGAUAUCUUCCAGAAAUUUAAAUUUGCCUUCAAUCUUCUAGCACACAUUCAUGACCCAAAUGCACCGGAACUUGUUCACUUCCUGUUUAGUCCAUUAAGUUUGAUCUACGAAGCUAGUCGUGACUCGAUUCAUGGGGGUCGUGACCUCAGUAGUGAAGCUGUCGCUCCUUUGUUGUUGUACGAUGCCAAACAAUUAUUUCUGAACUGCCUCACAUCGAACGAGUUUAAAUUGUGGCAGACACUAGGACGUCCAUGGACAUUAGUCAAAGAUGAAUGGUCGGGAAAUGUGCCCUCGUACAACCCACGGUUCUUUAAUGGUUGGCAACCAUCACCGCAGCUGCUUGACAAGGUCAAUAAACAAGACAAGAUCAGAGAUGUUUAGAUUGAAGAAACCAUUGAUGUUUAUAAAUGCGAUCCAUGUGACGGGGAAUCAUUGGCAAGCAAUUAUUGUCCUGAAUGUGAGGAGUUUUUGUGUGAAGAAUGUGUAAAAUCUCACAAAAAGAUGAAUGCAACAAAAAAGCACGAGAUUUUGGCGGCUGAAAUGGGAAAAGAUCACAAGACAAUGGGACAUGAAAACGAAAAGGUGUAGACGUAUUUUUAGAAUCAAAUUUUCAUGAAAAUUAAAUAAUUCAAAAACAAUAUAUACAUUAGGAAGUGUAGCCAGUUUGUUGUUAUUCUGAUAAGGAGUCAUCUCCAAUUUGCACAAAUUGAUGCUUGUCUUAGAAAACUUUCUUUGAGACUUUCAAGUAAAACAUAUACAUAACAAUGUCAUUUAAAGAUCCUGUAUGUUGUGAUCAAAAUGGUUCACCACACUUAGUGAAAUUAUAUAUACAUGUAUGUACAUAAUUAUGCAAAUAAAACCAUUUUAAAACAUCGCAGAAUAUGUAAAAUAUGUACUGCAAAUAUUUGUGCAUAUUAUAUGUAAUCAUUAAAAUAUAUGCAUUCAUUUGUUAUUGUAAAAUUUUACUUAAACUUUAUAGAAAAUAAAUUUUUAUUACCUCCCUUUAUUUACAUGAAAUGAUAAAUUCGGUAAUAUCUUUAUAAAUAAUACUUUUUAGAACCUACAAAUAGAAAAUAAUUUUUUUAUUACCUCCCUUUAUUUACAUAAAAUGUUAAAUUCGGUAAUAUCUUUAUAAAUAAUGCUUUUUUGAACCUACAAUAUUGAUAAAUCUUAAUUUGAGCAUCAUAUUUAUGAUUUACAACCAUAAAAAAUUAUGUUACAGGAUGUUUAACUAGUCUAUGUGCCUGUUACAGACUGUUGUAAUAAGCGGUUAAAAAUAAUCUAUUAUAUGAAAUGGAUAUCAUUCCAUAUAAUGUUUUUUUUUAAAAAUCAUUAAACAAUGAGUAUAAAAACGAAUUGUUAUGAUUUUCAAAUUUCGUUUUGAUCACUCUGAGACUAUUAUAAUUAUUGCACAGGGUUUAUAACAGACAAUACAACAUGUAUAUGUAAUGAGUCUAAACUGUUAGUAAUUUUCUUGCCUAGGUUAAAUGAUACUGUGUAAUAUAUACAAUUGAGAAUGUACGAGGAUUGAUAAAAAGUUCUCGGCCCGAUGUACUUCCGGUAGUCAGAGAACCCAACAAAUGGUCUUACUUUUCAAUAUAAUCACCCUCUACAUCAAUGCAAUUCGUCCACCUGUGUUGCAACUUGCUUAACACUUCUCUAUUAUGGUCCUCAAAGAAGUCAUUGACCGCCUCCAUGACACCUUAUUGCUUCCAAAACGUCUACCACGAAGCUUGGUUUUCAUUUUCGGAACCAGGUAGUAGUCAGAGGGGGCUAAGAAUUUCAAAACCGCAGUCAGUUGCAGCACACAUCGCUACUUAGGAUGGGUGAGCUGACGCAUUGUCGUGCAGGAGCAGAACACCUUGAGUAAGUUUUCCCCUUCUUUUACGCGCGGGUUUUUGACGCAGACGUCUCAAUUUGUCUGCAUAGUACGUACCGUUUAUGGUACGACUUUGCACAAGAUAGCCAAACAUGAUUAUCCCCUGACUAUCCCAAAGAAUUGAAGCCAUUAUCUUCCCGGCUGAUGGUACCCUCUUGAAUUUCUUCGACUGGGAUGAGCAAGGGUGCUUGCACUGCAUGCUCUGUUUUUUUGUGUGUUUUUAUUUUUAAAUUCUGGAUCGAAGCGAUGGACCCAUGUUUUAUCCUGAGUUACGAUCCGGUAGAUAUAAGCAGGUGCAUCAAGCCUGGUCCGUUUCUGGUAGUAAGUCAACUGUCUGGAGACCCACUUACCGGAAACCUUUAACAUGCCAUAGACAUCAGUAAGAAUUGCCUGAACUGAUCCAAAGCUUAUACCAACUUCCCUAGCAAUGUUUCACAGGUCUCUCUUUCUGACGCAUAUGACCAGAUCGUACACAGCUUCGGCAAUUUCAUCGUUGGUGGCCUCUUUUGGCCACCCAGGCCGCUCAUCAUCUACAAUGCUUUCCUUGCCCCUCUUUAAUUCAGCAGCCCAUUUCGUCACAGUGAUAUAGCAAGGGGACUCCUUCCCAAAUGUAUCCAUAAAGUCUUCAUGGAUUUCCUUGGGAUGUUCCUGGUACACCCUACGCUGUAGAAGUAUUUCCUGACUCGAUUUUAUUAGCAUGGGACCGUCCUACAAAGUUUGGGGACACAUCUUGUUAUCAAAUUUCCUUUAAAGACAUGAGCAGUAAUCAAAGAUGGAGAUCGUACCAUGAAGAAAUUUAUGAAGCUUCUACUAAAAUCACUGGCUUAAAAUCGAAUGCCUCAUAUGUUUUUCGGGUAAGAGUAAUAUAUGAGAAUGGAGAAGAGAGCCCAUUCAGUAAAGAAAGUGAAAAAAUUCGUACAGCUGCUUCGCUGGCGACAAAAAUGUUGAGAACAUCAAUACAAGUGACAAGUGGUAACUCUCCAAACAAGUAUGCCUUACCAAUCAAAGAAAAUAUUGCUGCUCGAAAUGAAAAAGCGAAGACCAGAAAGUUUGAAGUCGGUGAGAAUAUUGGUCUUAAAAAAUAAAAAUAAAUGUUUUCAAAAUUUUAUAAAAAAUUUAAGUUUAUCACGUCUUAUGAUGCUUCUCAUAAAAUUUUGCAAUGAAAAGCUACAAGAAAUAGCACUUAAAUCAAACCCAUUAACAAUGACGGAACAUAUCAUUCUCAUGAUUGAAAACGAGAAACUAUUAAAGAAAGAAAGGUACAUAGAGCGAAUCAAUAUCUUGAACGAGUUUCGUAAAGAUGCUGAAGUUAAAAGAAAUUUCGAAAAAUUUCCAAACGGUUUCAAAAGUAGAACUCAAGAAGACUGUAAGCGAACCGAAACAAGUAAUAUGGCCACUAGACAGCAAGUCUGUAUUGAAGAGAGUCAGAGAGUGGUUUCAGAAACAUAUUCCUAAUUUUUCAAUUUAAAAAGGGUGCACUGACUGUAUAAAAUUAUACAUGCCAGGUUAAAGUACGGAAACAUGCUGUAGCGUUUUCAAAACACAUAAAAUUUGGGAAUUAUUUUAUGAGACUUGUUCAUUUAAAUUUUAAAUAAUAAUGAUAUUGAUGAUAAUAAUUAUCAUUCCGUUAAUCAUAACAAUCGAGUGUUGUUAACCGAGUUAUAUGCAUAGGCCGUAUGAAAGUGACGUUAUUAUAAACCGUACAUAUCUUUACCAAAUACACAUCAAUAGAGAUACAUUUAUAGUAAUAUUGGCUUAUGUAAAAUACACACAGACACUUGAACAAGAAGAUGUUACUCUAAAGAAAGGUUGUUGGAUUUGUCUCCCCUUCAAUAUCCACACUUUCAAAAGACCAUGAUGUCACACUAGGUGAACAAAAGAUACACAUUAUUUCAAACUGAAUGCUGUUUUCGUUGCUCAGCCAAAAAGUGAUGCCAGACAACUAGUUGUUCUUCAGUAUCAGCUGCAAGAUAUCGGUGUAACAUGAAAUUAUCAGUCCGGACAAAGAAGAAACGUUUAGAAUCGAAAUCAGGUUUGGACAUAUAGAUGACUACAUCUCAGGAGAAUUUUAACAUUUAACCGUCAGCAUCUGAUUUUUCUAUUUCAAGUUUUCCCUCAUAAUAUCAGUUCCUGCUAUUUGGAAAGAAGCAAACGCCUCUUUACUACUCAAAAUAGUUUGUUCUGCUCUAUAGGAUCUUUAUGAACUGCCUAAUAGCUCUCAUCAUUAUGGUCAAUAAAGUUUCAGAUAUAAAAAUAAAAUUAUAUUUACUACAUGUAAUAAGAUCAUGACAUAUUUACAGUUUGGUCUAUUGUUCUGUUCAUGAAGGUUUCUUUUUAAUCAGUCUCCAGUCCUGACUCUCGCUCCACCACCCUUCGCUUAGCUAAGAGUAACGGAGCGAAAACGAUGAUCUAAUUUUAAUAUAGACUUUCAAAAUGUACAUAUUAAAUGUUUGAUCAAAUUAUUGAUUAACGUAAAUUAGGGUAAAGUGGGCAACUUUGGUAUACGGCAAUAAAGCUGGGAUGUUUGUCAUGUCUGACACAUCUUGCACAAUUAUUUCAGUUUACUUUUGUUGGUUUGAGACGCUUUUCCCUUUGUAUGCUACAUCAUCGAUAUCCUGUUUGAUAUGCUUCUAUAACUUUCAUCUAUAUAAAACAAUAUGUCUUAUUGUUAUAUAUAAUAGAUGUUAUCAUGUACUGUUUGUAUUUUAUGUAUUUUGAUAUAAAUGAAAUGGCUUUCAUAUAACCACCAGCUCGUUUCCAUUUUAGUUAUAUUCUACUUAUAUUGAUUUAUGUUUGAACUAAUGUUUGAUGUAAAAGAUUUUGUGUGUGUCUAUUUAUCAUAUUAAUUUCUUCAUAUUAAUCAAUCUUAACUAUUUUAGAACGCACUUUAAUUUACCAAACACAGCAAAAUUUAUAGUACAAAUGAGUAAAAUGCCGAACUUUAAAUUAAAAAUCUGUAGAAAGAGGAUCCCCCGGAGCAGUGAAACAACAAUAUAACAUGAAACUUGCAGAACACGAUUUGAAUGUGUCUGUUCAUGAGAGAUAAUAUAAAAGUUUCCCAUUCCUCAAGCUUAAGUGGUGUUCAAUCUUAACAAUAACGUGCUUGAAUAAAUGGUCCGGAAGGACCAGUAAAAUAAACAAAAACCCACUUAAAUGUAUGUGCAUGAAAUAAAGUUGACAUGACAUUACAUUGUAUAACUGAAAUAUAUGUUCUUGUGCUGUUUUUUAAACAUCUAGUUUUCUUAUGUUUCAUCCAACUUUCCAACUUUUGUAUAUGCAACUAAAAUAUUUAACUUUUUGAAGUUGAAUGUUACACGGUACUAAGUUUGUUGUGAACAAGUAAUUUUUGUCAUAAAACACGAAAUUGUUUACGUAAUAGAAGGAAGUUCAAGUUUAUGCGCAUGUGAUUGUGAUUUUGAAGAAGAAAAUGAAGACGAAGACGAUUUUUGAUACUAAUAUUAACUUUAUAAUUUUUAUUUUUUAUCUACAUCAUGUUUGUUCGUUGUCGUUUUAUUUCUUACUUUAUAUGUAACAUAUUUUUUCUUAUAAUCUAUAACUUGAUUACAAUAUAAUCAGUUCAACAGUAAUUUACCAAAAAAUAUGAUUUAUACAAAAUAUGUGUACAUCUAAUGAAUGGCAAUAUGCAUAUUUAAAAUAAUUACGAACGUACGUAAAGAGUCUUUAACGUCCAUGUUAAUGUUUUAAUUAGAAGCAGCUUUUGCUUCAUUUCGUCUUACUUGGAAUUUUUUUGUCACAUGAGAGGUUGUUUUCCAGUAUUACGUCAUUAUUUGAUAGAAUACCAAUAUGGCGGCUCGGAUCCAUGCAUAUAAAGCACCAUUCUUUUUCAACUGUCUGAAUUAUUCUUGAUGUAUAAACAACUAUGCAUUGGCAUUGAUUUAACCGCUUAUUAAAAUGACAAGCUAGUGUUAAAAGUUGAAAUGUGUAUUUUUACAUUGUAUAUUUCUUUCAAUAUGUGUGUCUUAAAUAAUCAUCUUUCAAAAUUAUGAAUGUGUUUGUAAUAUUUUCAAAAAUGAAUUAACUUUUCAACUUAAAUGUGAUUAAAUGAAGUAUAUGAAAAAUAAAUGUACUCUUAAAAGGCUAUUCAUAAGACGGCGUAUGUAUGUAAUUCUGGGCCAGUGCAGGUAAAAUAUGAGCAGUAAAAUGUUCAUCAGCUCAUCAGUUGCAAAAGGUAUAUGAAAACGUGUAUUUACAGAGAUUAUGAUUAAUAAUUAAUACUAGGUACUUAAGGUAUAAAACGAAUAUGAACUUAACUUUAUGACUUAAAAGUCAUUUUGUAUAUUUUGUUAUAUACUACGGAAGAGUAUAUUG